AUGGACCACUCGCACCAUCACUCCAGGAUGAUCGCCAUGGGCCACACCAGCGCCCCCUCACACCAUCAUUCUGGGAUGAUCGCCAUGGGCCACACCAGUGCCCCGGCCCCUCCACCUCACCCUCCGGCCACCACCGGGUCCCACUCCCAUGGGGGCAGCGCACACACGAUGCCCAUGAACUUCUACUUCGGCUACAGGAAUGUGGAGCUGCUGUUCUCGGGGCUGCUGAUCAACUCAGCUGUGGCCAUGGCCGUGGCAGUCGUGGCUGUGUUUCUGCUGGCCCUGGGCUACGAGGGACUCAAGAGAGUCCGUGAGGGGCUCCGUUCCCAGUGCUCGCCUUUCCCCAGACUGGACAGAACCCGCCCAAAGGAGACACCCUGGCUGCAGCUGCUGAGUGCCACUCACCUCCUGCAGACGGUGCUGCACUUGCUCCAGGUGGGCCUGAGCUACCUACUGAUGCUGACUGCCAUGACCUACAACGCCUACCUUGGCCUGGCUUUGCUGGCUGGGGCUGGCAUCGGCUACUGGCUCUUUGGCGUGAGGAAGGCCGAGGACAUGGAUUCCCAGACCCAUGACGUGAACAAGGUCGAGCUCCAUGAGAUUUGCACCUGA